CUCAGAUCGCAAGUCUCCUCUAGAUCUGCGCUACUCGGACUAGGUAUUGUGCUAGAUGGAAAACUAUAGCAGGGAAUCGGUGGCAACCGGCGACUUUUGGAGGAAGCUACUAACUACAGGGCAUCUUCCAAUACAUUCUGCACAGACUUAAUAACGGGAUGGAACAGGGCUCGCAGGGUGCUGAAGCUUGAGGAAAGUUUAUACCAGCUACAAUAAUAAAUAAUCAACUUUAUCCUGGAGGUUUGUGGAUUUGCAGCCCCAAUGCGCUAAUAUGACCCGGCACGUAUGGUUUUCCUUGCCUUAUGCGUCCAAGCCCUUCAGGAGGACUGCUGCAAGCAACUCAUCUGGGAUCUUCUCUACCCUGUAUGGCUUCCCCAACAUCUCCUCUCUCUUCAACGGGGACCUCAACAUAGAUGACAUUGGAGACUUUGAGAACGACACUAAAUAUGAGGCAGAAUCGCAGAGCUCCACUGUGAAAGCCCUGCUGAUUGUAGCCUACUCCGUGAUCAUUGUCAUUUCUCUCUUUGGAAAUAUCUUGGUGUGCCAUGUUGUCAUUAAGAACAGCAGGAUGCAGUCGGCGACCAGCCUUUUCAUUGUGAACCUGGCAGUGGCUGAUAUCAUGAUCACCCUCCUCAACACCCCCUUCACCCUGGUUCGCUUUGUGAGCAGUACAUGGGUUUUUGGGAAACUUAUGUGCCAUGUGAGCCGCUUUGUCCAGUAUUGCUCGGUCCAUGUGUCUGUGCUGACCCUCAUGGCUAUCGCAUUGGACAGACACCAGGUUAUUAUGCACCCGUUGAAGCCCAGGAUGUCUACAGUGAAAGGUAUCAUCUGCAUUAUUGUCAUAUGGUUUAUGGCCAGCGGUUUCUCCCUACCACACGCUGUGUAUCAAAAGCUAGAACAAUUUUUUAUAGGCAACACUGUGAGAAUGGUUUGUCUUCCCAGUUUCCCAUAUCCGGCUGACCUUUUCUGGAAGUAUCUUGACUUGGCCACCUUUGUGCUCUUGUAUGUUUUGCCCUUGAUUGUUAUUUCCAUCACUUACACUACGGUUGCGAAGAAGCUUUGGUUAAGAAAUGCCAUAGGGGACAUUACCAUGGAGCAAUACUACGCUCACCGCAGGAAGAAAAAAAUGACCCUUAAGAUGCUCAUGUUGGUGGUGGUGGUAUUCGCUGUUUGCUGGUUCCCCCUGAACUGUUACCUUGUGCUGAUGUCCAGCAAAGUCAUAAGCAGUAACAACGCCAUAUAUUUUGCCUUUCACUGGUUCGCCAUGAGCAGUACCUGCUACAAUCCAUUUAUCUACUGCUGGCUGAAUGAGAGCUUCCGCUCAGAGCUCAAAGCUUUACUCUGUGUGUGUCGGAGGAGAAGCCCAGCCCAAAGCCAUCCUCUUCAGUCUGUGUCACCCCAGUUCCGACAUGCGUGGACCGAAAACUGUCACUUUAAACAAGGCAGCAGCUCUCAGGCUGCUGGUUCUGCAACCAAUGUAAAUUCAGGAAGGACUGAUAUCUCUAGUGUGGAACCCAUUGUUACAGUGAGUUGAAGAUGCCCAUGAGAAUAUGGCAGUGCCACCAUCUGUGGCAUCAAAAAGACAGUGGCAUCAUGAAGGAGAAGGUAUCACAAGACCAGUUGCACAUAUGUACCUUGAUUGUAAAUCUUUUGGGCUACCUGUCUUGUUCUAUAUUCAGCUGUCAAAUGACUGUGCCAGGGUAGCCAUUGGGUUUUAUCAAUUGGACCAGGGGAUAAGGAUUCUCGGUGUAUGAAUGAAUUUGCACUUUUAUUUCCACAACAGAUGUGAAUGUAUCUGUAAAUAAAUGCUAAUUUCUAUACAGAAGUGACUACAGCAAAUGUAACAAAUGUUUAUAGACCAGUGUAUGCCUAUUAAAGGUAAACUAUGCCCCUCCAACAAUGUAGGUAUCUAUUAGAAUAUGUUGUAUAAAACAGCUCAUAUGUAAAGCCCUGCUUCAUCUAAAUAAAUUAUUUUCAUAAAAUAUAUGUUUUUUAGAAAGAUGUACCAUUGGGUAAUCCUAAAUAGAAAACCAUUUUAAGUACAGGUAUGGGAUCCGUUAUCCAGAAACCCAUUAUCCAGAAAGCUCUGAAUUACGGAAAGGCCAUCUCCCAUAGACUCCAUAUUAAUCAAAUAAUUCAGAUUUUUAAAAUUGAUUUCCUUUUUCCCUGUAAUAAUAAAACAGUACCUUGUAAUUGAUCCCAACUAAGGUAUAAUUACUCCUUAUUGGAGGCAAAACAAUCCUAUUGGUUUUAAGUAAUGUUUUAUUGUUUUUUUAGUAGACUUAAUGUAUGAAAAUUCAAAUUAAGGAAGGACCCCUUAUCCGGAAUACAAUGGUCCUGAGCAUUCUGGAUAAUGGGUCCUAUACCUGUACUAAAAGCCGUCCCCCAAGAUCAUAGAAUUCACAGUGCACAUAAACACACCAAGGGCACAAAUACAUAUUACGUCACCUCAGCCAAUAAAUGGACAGAGCCGCGUCUUUUACACCCACACUACUUCCUGUUACAAUUAGAGCUGCAUUAUUUCCUGUUAGGUGAUCUCUGCACAGACCAUCAUAAAAUGGUGGCACAAGGGAAGAGAUGUAAAAGGUUUACUGAUAUAUAUUCCAGUUUGGUAAGACUCUUUAAUAGGCUACUUAUUAUAUAAACUAUCUGUUGGUUAAGUAUUCAUUUUGGGGGUAUAGUUUUCCCUUAAUUUGCCUCCAUUAUUCCAUAACACCUUUGCUUCUAAAUGUUCACGCAUUCUGGAAAUAUUGGUCGUAUGCGGUAAGUCAAACAAAUGUUAUUUCUCCAGCUACCUCAUAAUAACUUACAGAUGGAGCACACACUAUUGGAGACACUCAGGUGGGAGUGGGAGUGUGGUCAUGCUGGGGACUUCUUCUAUUUUUCCAUCUGAGCAUUGGUUUUCCAAGCAAUGUAAAGCAGCAGACCCUCUCUGUAUAUAGUGGAACCCACAUACUUUAGCCAACUUGCUCAAAUCACAUUCAACCGUGCAAAAGUAAAAGAAACUCAAGAUCAAAGCCUAAAUAUCAUUUGCAGAUGGAUACUAAAGGGUAAUGUAACAACGGGUGCCAUUUUUGCUCCUGGUCUUAUAACCUAUAGUAACCUUGCUUUAAAACAGCAGUAGAACUUGCUGACUGGUUGCUAUGGGCUACAAAAACUGGAGCUUUGUGCCUGUAAAUACAUUGGCCACUAAAUUAUUUAUUUUCCAGGUUGACAUUUGUGUAAAUCACAUUUUAUUUUUUCUAUUCUUCUAAACCAUUAAGCAUUGCUGUACAGAAAAAUAGACAAUCUGUAUAUUAAAGGCAAGCUAUGGACUGUGAAAAUCAAAUGUAUAUGGCUGUUUGUGUAUAUUUUUGUUCUUUAAUAAAGGCAAUUCAGAGACUUUUAGUAAAACGCAGCAAGGUUUUUACCUUGUUUCAUAAUAAUUUUGCCACUGGA